UCAUUCAGUUCUUAACACUCGCCGGAUAAACAACAGUUUGGCGCUCGUUCGCGUUCACUUCCCGUCGCGUUCAGAGAGAAUACACUACUACUGCUGCUGCUAGUGUGUGUGCGUGCGUGUGAACUGUGCGAAAAGAAGCAAUAUAAAGUAUUAAUACUAGUGGAAUAUUAAGUAAAUCUAAGUGCAACAGAAACAUACACAUACCUAGCCUAUCCUUUUGUGCGCGCGACGCAAUUAUCUGACAGCACUUGAAAGUAUGCUACACAAAUUUGUUUCAACUUGUUACUGCAACAACAACAACCAAAACAACGGCAACCAUCCCACGCAAUUUAUCAUAUAGACUGCGUAGCAAGCAAGAGCGAGACAGCAACACGGCGCAACCAGCAGCGAGAAGCAACAACAAGCAGAAAUCAGGAAACCAGGAAACGAACUGGAAUAUAUAGAAAAUUCUACAACAAAAUACAACAACAAAGCAGUAAAGCUGUUACUCCUAAAGGUAAACGGAGCCACCGACGGCACUUACAACACAAAGAUGGCGUCCUCACCGACACCAUCUCUGGACUCGAUGCGGGGCGGGGCGAACUCGAUCGAAUCGUACGAACACGCCGGCUAUCUAUCAGACUCUCCGCUCACGUUGAGCGGUUCAUCGCCACCGGCCAGCGAUUCGGCAAUCUGCAGUGAUGAGUACACGGGCGGCAGCAGCGUUAAGUCACGCUCUGAGGUGACCGUAAUCAAUGGCCAUCAUCCCAUUUCGGCCUCCGUAUCGUCCAGCUCUUCGGCCAGCUCUUCCUCCUGCUCGUCGUCAUCGUCCUCAUCCUCGUCUUCGUCAUCGUCCAGCUCCUCGACCAGCGGCCUCAGCGGUUGCGGCAGUACCAGCAGCAGUGUGAUCAGCGCCAACAACGUUGCGAGCAGCAAUGGACCAGGCGUUAUCGGCAGCAAUCUUCAGUCCUCAAACAAUGGCGGCAACUCGGGCAUCAGCAGUCUGGUCGUUGGAGCCGGCAAGGGAAGCAACAGCAGCAGCAACAGCUCCUCUAGCAACACAUCCGCCAAUGGAUCUCCGCCACGUUGCACCGCCUGCAAGAGCAAGUGCAGCGACGCGGUGGCCAAGUGCUUCGAUUGCCAGAGCUAUCUGUGCGCCAAUUGUGUAACUGCUCAUGAGUUCAUGCACUGUUUCAACGGACACAAUGUGUGCCUGAUUAAGGGUUUUGAGGCGAGCACCACUGGCACUCCGCUGUCCGUUGGAUCGCCCAGCAACAAUCCGGCGUCGAAUGAGUUCAAGUACGCCAGUUCGCUGACCAUGAUGCUGCAGCAGCAGCAGCAACAGCUCGACUCGCAACAACAGCAACAGCAGCAGCAACAGUUGCUGCCGGCGCAGCCUAUGUCACAACUCUCGAAGAUUGUACUGGCAGCCGCCGCGCAGGCAAAUUCCCAGGAGCAGCAGCGAGAGGAUAGCAUCUAUGGUUCACUGCACCCUCAACAACAACAGCAGCAGCGACAACUCUUCUGCCCUCGACACAAACAGGAGCUGCUCAAGUUCAGUUGCCGCACCUGCUGCAUCCUGGUGUGCAAGGAGUGCAUUGUAUUGGAGCACUCCACAGGUCUCCACGAACUGGAGAACGUGCAGUCACCCGGAAUGACAACCUCUACGGGAUCCACGGCCAACGAGUCAGCUUUGCAGACUCUGCUCGCCGAUAUGCGUGGCAAAAUUGGCGAGAUUGUCGGCAUUGCUGGAAACUCGGACCAGAAUCUCAACAAGGUGAAGCUGCAGUACCAAAAGGCUCACAACGAGCUGAACGAGACGCACCAGUUCUUCGCUUCCAUGCUGGACGAGCGCAAGACCGAAUUGCUCAAGGAACUGGAAACUCUCUACACGGCCAAGGUUAACAGCAACAAUUCGUGGCAGCAACGCUCCCGCGACUUGAUCGACAAGGGACUGGCCACCUGCGAGGCGGUCGAGCGGAGUCCUGCUCCGCCAUCCUCCUUGCUGGCAGAUGCCCUUCUCCUACGCAAAUCCCUGGAGCAGCAACUACAGACGGGCAUUCAGGAGAUGCAGCUACCCUUCGAGAUCGAAUUUAUGUCCAACUAUCAGUCGAUUCAGGCCGGCGUGCGUAACACCUUUGGUUACAUUCGAGCAAACAGCUCAGACGGUGGACCUACUGGCAUGAGCCUGACGAGCAAUGGCCACGGAAAGCAGCCGCCAAUUGCCCGGCCAACACAGAGCGCCAGCAACAGCAGUGCGAGCAGCGCGGGCAGUGGUCACCAUGGCCACCACCAACAGUCACACCAUCAUGGCCACCACAAUCAUCACCAGACGGCCCAUCAUCAGCAGCUGCAGGCGCAAUCGUCGCUGCAUGGCCUGGGUCUUGGAUUGAGUGGCGCCAGUUUGUUGGAUAGCAGCUCUAGCGCAGGUGGAGCAGUGGGAGCCUUCAGCAACGGAGGACUUCUGCUGAGCGGUCGCGAUCGCAACGCUCUGGCAGUGGAACAGCAUUUCGGUGAGCUGAUGCCCAAGCGAGGAGGAGGUGGCUACACCGGCAGCAAUGGAUCAGCCACCAGUGCCGUGGCUCACUACAAUCCCUACGAGAAGUGGAGCAACGGCGGUAGCGACAAUCUCUUUUCAUCGGUGACAAGCGGCGUGUCCGGUAGCUCUGCAGUGGCCGAUGCGUUUGCCAGCCUGUCUGCUGUUGGAGGAUCCGUGGUUAGUGGCGCUGGAGCUGGCGGAAGUACCGUGAGCUCAGAGUCCCUGCUGGACCUCACCAACAAGCUGCUUUCGGCCACUAUCUAUCCGCCCAAGUCGCAGAUCAAGCGGCAGAAGAUGAUUUACCACUGCAAGUUCGGCGAGUUCGGCGUGAUGGAGGGCCAGUUCACGGAGCCCAGCGGUGUGGCGGUAAAUGCCCAGAAUGACAUCAUUGUUGCGGAUACGAACAACCAUCGCAUUCAGAUCUUCGACAAGGAAGGACGCUUCAAGUUCCAGUUUGGCGAGUGCGGCAAGCGUGACUCGCAGCUGCUCUAUCCGAACCGCGUGGCCGUGGUGCGCAAUUCCGGCGAUAUCAUUGUCACCGAGCGCUCGCCCACACACCAAAUCCAGAUCUACAAUCAGUACGGCCAGUUUGUGAGGAAGUUCGGGGCCACCAUUCUGCAGCAUCCUCGCGGCGUGACCGUGGACAACAAGGGACGGAUCAUUGUGGUGGAGUGCAAGGUGAUGCGUGUGAUCAUCUUUGAUCAGAACGGCAAUGUGCUGCACAAGUUCGGGUGCUCUAAGCACCUCGAGUUCCCCAACGGCGUGGUGGUCAACGAUAAGCAGGAGAUCUUCAUCAGCGACAAUCGGGCGCACUGCGUCAAGGUGUUCAACUACGAGGGCCAGUAUCUGCGGCAGAUUGGCGGCGAGGGAAUUACCAACUACCCGAUUGGCGUCGGGAUUAACUCGAACGGGGAGAUCCUCAUCGCGGACAACCACAACAACUUCAACCUGACGAUCUUCACGCAGGACGGGCAGCUGAUCUCGGCGCUCGAGUCGAAGGUGAAGCACGCGCAGUGCUUCGAUGUGGCGCUCAUGGACGACGGCAGUGUGGUGCUGGCCAGCAAGGACUAUCGGCUCUACAUUUAUCGCUAUGUCCAACUGGCGCCAGUGGGUAUGUAAACACACAGACACACACACUCCAUGGAUGUGAGUCCGGAAAGGAGGAGGAUCUGUGGUCCGGCUCUCACUACUUCUAUAGGCUAAGUUCUCAAUAGUCUGACUUGCGCGGUCUCUCCAGCUCUAAUUCUAAAUCUACACAAUCGAAGUUGAAAUCGAAAUCUAUAAGACCCCACUAUCUCCCCCGAUCUGUCAUCUCUCAUAGCCUUAGACUUUGCUCGCUAUGUAAUAACACACACGCACACUGUUGGAAUGAUUUUUAUUAUCUUUUAAAUUAUUGUUGAAUUUUGUUUUAUUUUUUUAUAUAUAUUUACACUGUUAAGCUUAGUUUUUAUUUUGUGCGUACUUGUUUAUGAUAAAUAUAUAUUAUGUGUAUUCAUGUUCAUGUUCAAAUCGGAUAGUGCCGCCGCCUCUCUAUAUCUUUGCACACUUCUCACUUCAAACCCUCGUAUCUCUAUCUCGCGUGCAAGUCGUAUCUUCAACAAACACAAGCAAACACCCGAAACAAACAAAAGAAAUGACACUUUUUAACUAUAUAGUAGAUACCAGAAGAAAUCCCUCCACUUUUUUAUGUUCGUUGCCGACUGCAAGGAAAAAAAAGGAAAAAAACUAUGAAAAAAGAAGUUGGUAUAAAAUAAACUUAACAAAUAACCGCCUACAAAAUGGAGCCGCGUAUAGAGCAUUAAUUAAUUAAUAAUUGAUUGUAAUAAUUGAUUGUAAUUCUUAGAUAUAUGAUUGCGCAAAUUGUUUGUUAUUAUUAUUUUUGAUUGCAUAAACAUUUGAUACAUUAUAUAUUAUAUAGCUGUUUUUUACGUUUAUAAAUUAUUUUUGAUUAUACAACUUAUUGAUUACUGAUUAUUUAUAUUUAUAUACAUUAAUUAAUUAUCCUCUAAGACAUGUUUGCUACUUUUAUACGAAAUCAACCGAACCCAAAACCGAACCGCGACACAAACAACAAUUCACAAUUUUAUACUCGCUUAGAAUUUAUGUUUUCCAUUGUUUUAUUGUAACCACGACAGCGGAAGAAAAGAUGGAAUACCUUACCUACGCCCUAAUAAUAAUGCAGACAAAAACCCACUGGCGAUUCUUUAAUUUAAUUUAAACAAAAACAACUGAACGCACUGAAAAUAGUUGAAAUUUUUGUUCUUGAUUGUUGAACUAUUUUUCGUUUAGGCAUUUAUAUUUUAAAAUAAUUUCUUCGUUCGCACGCAAGGCGGACGAAUUUGUUGUUUUGCCCCAAAAUAUAUUACUAUAUUAUAUGCGAAAAUUAUUUGUUGUCAAAUUGAAUCUAAAUAAACAUGGAAAUGUGUAUAUCAAACGAAAACAAGGCGAUAUUUAUGUGCACCAAGUUAGUUAGUGGUAGCUUCGAGUGCGAAUUCGAAGUAUCUUGAGGAUGUGCAUAGAUCUAAUUGAGUAUUUAAAAGUAACAUUUAACUAAAAGUUGGCAAUCAGCGCAGAAGACUUGAAACAUUUAUAACUAUUAUAAUUAUACACUUAAAGUAUGUCUAUUAAUAUACGAUAAACACUUAAAUCAGUAAAUCAAAAAUCUCAAAUAAUUGAAUAGUUAUAAAGAGAAACCGCGAAUAGGGAAACAACAUCCCAGCCAAGCCAGACCAAUCGCCCAAUUAUGUUUACUUCCUUGACAGAGAAAUAGGGACUAAAUACGACAGCCGCACGGUGCGCAACAAUCAGGAUCACGUAUCCUUGUUCUGUUGCGCACCGUGUGCACAUGGACUUCUACUUGCAAUUAUUUAGUUAAAGCAUUUACUUGGAUAGGCCUCAAAUGAUUGCGGAGCUAACAAAAGUGUUCUUUAAGUAAGGGUUAGUUAAAAGCAGUUAGGACGUUAGAUAUUUAAAGUGAACAUACUAUUAAGGCAAGGAAACACAACUUUUUGAGACUACAAACGCAACAUUAACAGGAACAGCAUUUAAAAAAUGUUUAUUUUGUAAUUUUAAAAUAAAACCUAUGUAUUUUUUGUUGGUUUUGCUUGGAACGCGACGCGACGCGAACCCCGCCCAUUUGACCCCAUUGACACGCCCACACGUAAGCAGGUAUUAGAUUUCUUGAAUAUAAUUUAACAAUAUUGUAUUAAACGCGUAGUAUUUAACUAAUUUAGUUUCCCCCUUCCUCUUCCUCUGUAUUCCCUUGUUUGUUUUGAAAAAACGCCUUGCUCUGUGUAAUUUCUGAUUCGCUUGACCUAUUAUUUGAAUUAUUUGAUAAUUGCCUAUGUUUUGUGUGUAUCUACUUAAGUGAGAUUAUUAAAUAUACGAAAAUAUAUUUUUUAGUUCUUGUUGUAAUCUUAAUUGACUUUAAUCGACCUAUUGUAUUGAAGAUAAUGUAUCGAUGUAAUGGUAGCUGUAAUAACGACAAAGGGUUUAAACAAAGUAUUGUACGUUUUCUGUGUGAGGAACACUUUUUACUUGACAGCCAAAAAAAAGCAAACUAAAAAAAUACACAAAAACUGUUGAAAUUUUUUUUAUAUAAAAAUUGUUGAAAAUAAAACCUAAAAAGAAAAACUAAAACACAUAAGAUACUGCAAAUUGAUGGUAUUUAUUACGGCCUAAUGCGUACUAUUUAAUUGUAUUUAUUAUUAGCAUUUUAGCGUGCACAAGCAGUUUUUGCAAAAAGCAGUUUUAUUUGUAUUUUGUGCUUGCAUAACUUUGUUUUUAUGUUUAUCAACUAUUAUUAUUAUUACAUUUUUAAAUGUUAUACAACAAACGAACUACGAACACACAACAUGGGACACAACACACACGAUAACGACUAUUUUAUAACAAACUAUAAACAAUAGACAACAAAUGUACAUCUGUGCUCCACGAAAAUGUUGUAAAAGCCCACACAAAACACAACCCAACAACAAAUGCCACAAAAACCAACUGAAAAACCAUUAAAGAUUUUAUACUUAUUCUGAUAAAAAGGA